CUGUUCCAAGAUGGCGGCGGGUUGCUGCGGGGUGAAGAAGCAGAAACUGUCCAGUUCGCCCCCCUCCGGCUCGGGUGGCGGUGGCGGCGCCUCCGCCUCCUCCCACUGCAGCGGAGAGAGCCAGUGCCGGGCUGGGGAGUUGGGACUAGGAGGCGCCGGGACGCGGCUCAACGGGCUGGGCGGGCUGACUGGAGGAGGCGGCGGCAGCGGCUGUCCCCUCGCUCCCCCCCAGGGCUGCGGCGGCGGCGGCGGGGGGAUUUCCCUGCCGCCCCCUCCGAGCUGUGGAGUGGGAACCCUACUUUCUACUCCGGCUGCCGCCGCCGCCUCCUCGCCCGCGGGCUUGUGCGCCGCCUCGUCCUCGGCGCCCGGCGCCCGGAAGAUGGUGGUGUCCGCGGAGAUGUGCUGCUUUUGCUUCGAUGUGCUCUACUGUCACCUGUAUGGGUACCAGCAGCCUCGGACCCCCCGCUUCACCAACGAACCCUACCCACUGUUUGUAACAUGGAAGAUUGGACGAGACAAAAGAUUGCGUGGAUGCAUAGGUACUUUUUCUGCCAUGAACCUGCAUUCAGGACUCAGGGAGUACACACUUACCAGUGCCCUUAAAGAUAGCCGUUUUCCCCCAAUGACAAGGGAUGAGCUGCCACGGCUGUUCUGCUCUGUUUCUCUGCUCACUAACUUUGAAGAUGUCUGUGAUUAUUUGGACUGGGAGGUGGGUGUACAUGGCAUUAGAAUAGAAUUCAUCAAUGAAAAAGGAUCAAAACGCACCGCUACCUACUUACCGGAGGUUGCAAAGGAGCAAGGAUGGGACCAUAUUCAGACCAUAGACUCCUUACUGAGGAAAGGAGGAUACAAAGCUCCAAUUACUAAUGAAUUCAGAAAAACCAUAAAAUUGACCAGGUACCGUAGUGAAAAGAUGACCCUGAGUUAUGCCGAAUACCUUGCUCAUCGCCAGCAUCAUUUCCAAAAUGGCAUUGGGCAUUCCCUUCCAUCAUACAACCAUUAUUCCUGACACUGAGCCGCACAACCAGUCAAUGGGCCUCUCUGCAGACCUCUUCCAAGGAGACCCUACCCCUUCUUGGUCUAGCUAUCUCUUUUAUUGUACUAUUUUAUGAUGAUAGUUUCCGUUGCCAUGGUGAAGAUUCAACAUUGUUAGUUAACAUCAUCAUGGUAACGGGUAGGAAAUGGCAUUUGAAAAGAUUCUGUUUUACGAUUUUAGAAAUUUUUUUUUGCAGCAUAUAUAACUUUGAGGUGUUUUUUCUUACAAUAUUAUAUAGAGUUUUGCUUUGCUAUCUCAGUAAGGUUCUAUCUUUCUGUCCUUGUCUUUCUUCCUGUCUUGCCUUCCUUCUUUCAACUGUGGAUGGAAGAAAUUGUGCAGUUUUAAAGGAUUUUAUGUAGGAUUUUCUUUAGUUUUCUUCAGUAAGAUAGGUAAUUUGCUAGUUAAGUUUGACAGUAAUUCAUAGAAAAUUCAGUUUCUCAUUUAUUACUAUCAAAUUUUUCUAAACUUAAUUUUGCUAAGAUAGUCUAUUACGUGGGUUUUUACUCCGUAAGAAUACUUUUCAACCCCAUGAUUAAAAUAUAUAAUCUUUAUUUCUAGUAGAAAACAUUCAAAGGUCUGUGAUAGGGCUUGUCACAGAGAGAGAGAGAGAGAGAAAUCAUUUAUGUCUACUGUGCUGGUUAUAGGAGAGAUUGCCUCAUCACAUUAUAGAAUUGACUUUCAAACUGAAACAUUGUUUCAAGAAAGUAGAAGUUAUGUAUGUUUCAGAUACGCUAAGGAAAUCAUUUUUGAAGAGCUAUGAAUAUCAGAGAGCAGACACAGAACUUAGUGCCUUUGAAAAGAAUAUAACUAAAUGGAAAUAAAAGGGAUUAGGAAAAAAGGCAAUUUAGAGAAAUAUUCUUAUAAAAAUUUUAUUGUUUCUAUAUAUGAAACAACAUAUUAGACAAAUUCCUUACCCUUAAAUAUUUUUUUAAACUGAAAAAAUAUUUUGAGCAAAUAACCAAAAAGACAUUUGUCUACUAUCUUAAUUUAAAUUUGUUAGCUUUAGAUUUCAUUAAGUCAUGAUUGGCCAGAGACAAUUAUAGCAACCAUUUUAAGAAAUGACAAAGAUCAUCUAUGAACUAAUGAAAUAAAUGUUCAUAUAUGCCAUGGUUUCAAUAGUUUAAGGGCAAUACUAGAAUUUUGGAAAUACUAUAAAAUAGGAUGAAUCUCAUUCUGCACUACAUGUUUUUGAUGAGAACACAUUUACUAUGUUGUUAUGUUACACCUACAAAAAUGGAGUUGGCAUUUAUAUUUGAAAGAAUUAGAGCCCAGCCCAUUUGCAGUACUAGUCUUAGGCCACUAGGAAGUCAGAAUACAUACACCCUGAGAAAAACCACAAAUGGUCCUAGAGAAACAUUACCUUCAUAAGGGUAAUGAUGGUAAAUUAUAUUUAUAUGUUUGUGUGUAUACAUAUGUGUGUAUAUAUACACACUAUAAUAUUUCAAACAGGAAAUUAGUAUAUCAAGUGAUGACUAGGGUAAGUGUGGUGCAGAAUAUGUAGUAUAAAGCUAUAAAAUGUUACUGAAUAACAAUGGCAUAAUUUAUACAUAUAGUUGCUGUGACAAACGACAGGUGGCUAGUUCAGAAUUCAAAAACCCUUUUCUACUUUGUGUAGUUGUUGGCUCACUUCCUUCUGCUUGCCAUUGUGCGCUUUAGUUUUUUAAGAGAGUUCUUAGAAGUUUGUUGGUAUUCCUUCAUCCACAGCGUCUGUUGUUGAAAUAACCAUUUUCAGUUUUGAUGCCUUAACUAUUAAGCCAAUUAUUAGCCUGAAAUGGAAUCUCAGUAGCCAGUUCCACUGAACGUAGAAAUUAGUCAGAGAAAGCUAGCUGCUACUGGGCUUUACAAAGGAAUGUUGAGCCCUUUUCUACUUGGGAGCAUCAUAGAGCAGAUUAGUCUUUCAGAAUAAAAAGAAAUGGCUACCUGAUAGAAACUUUUUCUUGCCCUUAUAGGGAAACUGAGCACAAGCUUAAUGAUAUUGUCUGCUGCAAAAAAGUAAAUGUUUUAAAACAAGCAAACUGAAGAGAGACAAAAUAGACCAAUAUUGAUCCAUCUUAUCCAUCAUCUCAUCAGUUCAAUAGGCUCCUCGUCCUGGGUGAGCUCGUGGUUAGACUUUUUUUAAAAAAAGAAAAGAUCUAAUACAUAUAUGUGUGUAUAUAUACAUAUACAUACAUAUGUGUGUUUUACGGUGCUAAUCAGUCUUGAGCAGGUCACGAAACUGGUCAUGCGGACUCUAAAAUCAUAUCAGAUUUUUUAAAGAUUCUUGAUACAUGCAGAUGUUAUACAGAUUUUCUUACCAGUGUAAUAAUGUUAUACUGAAGAAAUAACCAUCCUGCAGGCUUUAGAGGACGAGGUCAGCAAUAUUUCCCACCAUGGCUUGGGGGAAAAGGAUAGUUUUGUCUCCUUUUGUAUCUAAUUAAUGCACAGUGCAUUCUUGUCUUUUAAGUAGAUGUUGACUAAAAGACUUUAUAGUGUAAAGGGUGUUAUACAAACUGUAAUGGUGUGCUUCAAACAAAUGAAUGCUAGACCCUUUCACCUUCCUCGUAUAUUGCAAAGUUGUUAAAUAUGUGGUUUGACUUAACUUUGAACAUGUUGAAAUAUGUAGCAUGUGUUUUUUAACUCAAAGAUUCUAAUUGCACAGGUUGUGUUUUAGCCAGUUGUGGUUUAUUUGUUCAGAAACACAAAUGUGAAUUGCACUCGUAUCACCAGAAUAUUGUAUAAGUUCAGUGAUCUUUAAACAGCUUGGACGUAAUACUUGAACUUCAUUUGAGUAGCACAAAGUUUACAUAGCCCCUUUUCAAUGUUAAUUAGUUCAAUUUAUGUUUUCCGUUUUCAAAUGCAACUGGGUAUUUCUUUUCUUGGAAAAUAUUGUAUGUUUACUUUGGUAUAUAGCAAACAGCUUCCAUUUCUGAAAAGUGUUUUCUUGUUCUAAAAGUUAGCCAGGUACCAGAUUCUAAAAGAACAAUUGUCCCCUCCCCUCCCACUACCUCCCCUAACCCCAUUAAGUGGCCUUCUGACUGCACAAGAAUGUGCUACUACCCGUUCCAGACUCCCCUAUGAUGAGAGGUCAGUAUGUAAUUGGUAGAGGAAGUGAAAGGCUUGCUCUUUAUUCCUCACCCAAUUUAAAGCAGUUAGAAAAUUUUCAGUCCAGUGCAUCCAGUCCCAGCACACCGGAAGUUUGUAUACUGGCCUCUUUUCAUAUCUUGAAAUGUGCAGGAAAUUCAAAACUGUCAUCUGGAAUAGGUUCCAUCUCUUAUGUGCGUUAGAUCAAACCAAAGAAGCCCCCUGCCAUGCCCAAAUGCUGCUCCAAAAGCCUGCCUUCCAGUCCUUACAAAAACCUUGCAGGAUUAAAUGUGUUAACUUUUUUAUUUUUGUACAGUUUCUAAGUGAUUUUUGCUAGUGAUGUGAAAUUGAGUUAAGUUUAUUUGAGGGGUGUGAGCAUCUCCUCCAUUUAAAUGAACUGGUGGCUUUCCUUUUAUUUUUUAAGAAGCGGAAACCUGUCGUGUGCCUAUCAAUUUAAGGGUUUCUGGUACAUUAUUCUUAAGACCAGCAUUAAUUCUUUAUAUACAGAGAUAUGUUUUCCUUGUUUUUUUUAUUACUGUUUCAGAAGAAAAUAAACCUUUCGUUUUGCUCUCAACCCAGUAACUACGCUGGUACAUAGACGCACUGAGAAAAAAAAAAAAACUUUUAUAACAACCUCAGACUCUUUUUGUAUAUCAAAAUGGGUUGCUAUUGAAAUAUUUGGACCUAGUUUCUAAGUUAUUUUAGUGUUUUAUAUGUGCCCCCAAGUUACGUUGACUCAGUCACCAGCAUAAUGAAAUCUUGGCGACACAAUGGUGAAGACUCGUAAUGAGCAAAAGCUACCUGGAGUAGCGUUUUUCUUUCUUAGUAACUUUUUUUUGAUAACAGCAAAACAUCACAGAUUACCUGAAACCCCUUCAAGUAUAACUUGAUCCUCCUUCCUUCCACAUUUAAUUGCUUAAUAGUUUGAAGAAACUAUUGGAAAUGGGCAUUUUAUAUGACAUUGUAUGGCUUUAAAUAUUGCUCAUGAGCUAAAAAAAUGAGGUUUAUGUGGGUCUGUAAGGUAUGGCUGUGGAAAGAUAUUGUAGUAGUUUUGACACUAUUGUUAUUACCUUUAAAAUAAUUUACCCAAUAAAAAG